GUAUUUCACCCGCCCUGGUCACACUCAUUGAAGCAGCUGGCGGCAUAAAAAAAAAACAUUUUUUAUUUCGGGGAAGCCUACGCACUUUAUCUGCAAAAUGGGCAAGCGACGCAGCCGGGAUCGGCAUCAGGAGCCGCAGUCCUUCAGUGGCGACGAGGAGGACAUCAAAGCAAGCCAGCGCAAUUCGUCAAAAUCAAAGAAAGCCAAACAAAAGGUGGCCCGCGAAUCCUCUAGUUCAUCGGAUUCCUCAUCCGUGAGCAAGAAAUCCAGUCACAGUAGCCCCUCGCCCGGCAGAAAAAAGUCGAAGCCCAGCAGAAAGCCGAGGGAAUCCCCGGAGCACCAUGAAAAGCGAUCCAAACAACCAAUGAAGCCCUCGGAGGACGUGCAAGAGCAGCGCUCCAAGUGGGACAGCCCGGAACGCAGCAACUCACAUCGAAACAGCUCCAGACAGCGCCGGCACAGCCGCAGUCGUUCCAGGGAUCGCAGCGAAAGGGACAGGGAUCGACAGCGCGACAGAGAGCGCAACCGCGAACGCGAGUGGGACAAUCACAUGCAGCGCAGCGGACGGGAAAGGGAUCGCAGCAAGGAACGCCGACAGCGUUCUAGGAGCGGCGACCGCAAGGAUCGGGAGCGGGAUAGGGAUCGCCAGCGGAGAUCGCCUGAUAAGAGGCCAGUUCGUCGCAGUCAAAGUCCACGCGAACACUUUUACCGCGGAGGACGCGACUUUGGCCAGGGACGCCAACGAAAUCAACGUCGCGACAAUCGCAACAGAAAUGAGGACGAGCAGUACGACUGGGGCAAGCAGGGCGACGCAAAAGCCUCGGCGGCCGACGAGGAGCCGGUGGAAAAGGAAAAGCCGAACUUGGGACUAAGUGGCGCCCUCACCGAAGACACCAACAAGGUGAAUGGCGUGGUGGUAAAAUACUCUGAGCCUCCGGAGGCCCGCAAACCUAAGCGGCGCUGGAGGCUUUACCCAUUUAAGGGCGAAACGGCACUCCCCACGCUGCACAUCCAUCGGCAAAGCUGCUUUCUAGUGGGACGGGAUCGUAAAGUCGUCGACUUGGCAGUAGAUCACCCCAGUUGCUCCAAACAGCAUGCCGCCCUGCAGUACCGACUGGUGCCCUUUGAGCGAGAGGAUGGCAGUCACGGGAAGCGCGUGCGAUUAUACCUGAUCGAUCUGGAAUCCGCCAAUGGGACUUUCCUUAACAACAAGAAGAUCGACGGGAGGAAGUACUACGAACUGAUGGAGAAGGACGUGAUAAAGUUUGGCUUUAGCUCGCGCGAGUAUGUGCUGCUCCAUGAGAACAGCAAGGAGGACCAGGAGGAUGACGAUGUGCAUAUCAAGGAUGAGCCGCAGGAUGCGCCUGCCGAGGAGGCAAAUCCAUAAAUGAUGCCUGCGUGUGCACAUCUUGGCUUGGUAUGCUUUCUUUAAUCUAGCUGCUUAGUGUAAUGCGUUUUGUAACCCAAACCUUGGGCCAGAGAUAUGUAAAAAGUCUUUUACAGAACACGGUUUUUGCGUGUUCACUGCCAACACAGAAAUAAAUUCUCAAACGAAA